GUCAACAAAAACAAGGGAGUGAGGCGUAUUAUUAUCAUUUCCCGCAGACAGUUUAUUGCGUGAGGCGCGGACCUUCGAUCGGUUCUUUGCCUGGAGCAUCGGCGAGAGAACGUGGAUUGACGAUAGGGUUUCACCCUGCAUCUCGUAGGGCUGGAGUUCUGAUCUUAUAUCGAUAGAUUUGAUCUCUGUCUAGGGUUUCUGGUUUUAUUGAUGGCUUCAACAACCUUAAGGAGGAGGCUUCAUCAUAGGGAUGUUGAUGGAAGAAAAAAUGAACACAUGGAUGCUUUAAGUGGCGAUUCCCUGAGUGAACCACUUCUCGGAAACCAUGGGUACGAUGGAAGCUCAUCAGAAGUGAAUUGUAGUCAUGGAAGCCAUCAAGAUCCAUGGGAUGAUGGAAAGAAGGAAAACCUUCAUUGGACGUUUCUCUUUUCUCAAUUGAUUGCUCAAUGGGCACAGUGGAUAGCGAAUAUUGUCCUUGGUUCCAGGUCAAUUUUGGAAAGACUUUUCCCUUUUCCUUCAUUUAGCCAUGGACAGCAGGAUGAUGAGAAAUUGCUGAAUUCUCUUAGCCCCUUACAGCAAGAAAGAUUGAAUGACUUGAAGCAGAGAUUGAAGGUCCCAUUUGACGGUUCUCGUCUUGAUCAUCAAGAUGCAUUGAGACAACUCUGGAAACUAGCAUAUCCCAAUAGAGAAGUCCCCCCUCUCAAAUCAGAACUAUGGAAGGAAAUGGGCUGGCAAGGUGCUGAUCCAUCUACAGAUUUUAGGGGCGGUGGCUUCAUAUCUUUGGAAAAUCUCAUUUUUUUCGCCCAGAACUACCCGGAUUCUUUUCAGGUUUUAUUGCAUAAAAGAGAUGGCAAUAGGGCGGAGUGGGAGUAUCCUUUUGCUGUAGCUGGAAUCAACAUCUCAUUUAUGCUCGUUCAGAUGCUGGAUCUUCAAGCAGGUAGUCCAACAUCAAAGGCGGGAACUCGUUUCGCAGAACUUCUCGCAAACGACAAGAGUGCUUUCGACGACCUCUACUGUGUAGCUUUCAGGUUGAUGGAUGCCCAAUGGCUAGCCAAGAGAGCCUCUUACAUGGAGUUCACUGAUGUUCUCAAGUCUACAAGAGCACAAUUAGAACUAGAGCUUGCGCUGGAAGACAUUUAUAGUGUCAAGGACUUGCCUGCUUAUACCAUGUUGUACAGAUAGGGAGCCCUUAUUUCCAAUUUAUUUUGAAUGAUUAUUUUAUGAUUCAUAAUACAUUUGUAAGGUUUAAUAUUGCUAUAAAUAUGUGCUAAUUUUACCUUCCCAAUGCAUUUUG